AUGUCGGUAUCACAGUAUAGAUUACAACGAUGCAUUCUUCAUGCGAAACAUAAAGCCAGAUCUGAAUUACUCGAAGAAGAUUGGAGCAGCGCGAAAUAUUGCGAAACAUUUGAAACAUUGAGUGAAAAGUUGACAGGAGAUAAUAUUGAAAGGGUGGACGCUUCCAAAAUUACUGUUGAAGAAUUCGCUGAAAAGUAUGAGUACGUCAUGUACCUGUUGUUCUUACUGAUGUUGCUAAAGAAAUAUCGGAAUCAAAGAUUCAAAUGUGGUGAAGGAGAUGACGGACGUUCCGUGAAAUUGAAAAUGAAGUAUUUUUUAGAAUACAUGAGACAAACGGUUGACGAUAGUCCGCUCUAUAUAUUUGAUAGUACAUUUGGCGAGAAUGCUCUUGUUAAAGGUUCCAAAAAAUGGUGCUUUUUCCACCCGCAAACACCAAAAAAUAUCUUGAAACCAACGAAGAAAGAGGGUGGCAUUCAUCCUAAUGAAGCAAUCACCUGGUUUACUACUGUGUAUGGACGGAUUAGCUCCCCUAAUUGGUUGAAACAGUGGAGACCCAUAGAAGCUGUGCAGUAUCCAGGAGAAGUCAUAUUUGUUCCUGGUGGAUGGUGGCAUGUCGUCCUAAACUUGACUGACACGGUCGCUUUCACUCAAAAUUUUUGUUCCAGAGUGAAUUUGCUUCUAGUUCUCCUCAAAACGUUGGCUGGAAGACCAAAAUUUUGCCAACACUGGUUAAAAUGUUUACGGAAGGCUCGACCAGAUAUCCUACCAAUUAUCGAUGGUGUUUUGAAGAAUGUAGACGGUUUUAUAAAUUUCGCGGAAUCAUCAUCCAAUGAUUCAAGUUCUUCAACAGAAUCUUCUGACAGUGAAAGUGAAAGCCCAAAUCCACCACUUCAACAGUAUCCCUUUAGUAUGAAAUCAGCAACUAUUACCAAAAGGGGGGCAUGGAAGCAGCAGAGAGGAAAAAUAAUGCCUCAUGAACGAAGUGGAAAGGAGUCUAAUUUCAAAUAUAAACUGGAUGCAAACACUGCAAGCAUGGAUUUUUACUUUAUGAUAAAUAUCCAAUGA